AAAUACUUCAUGAGUGCUGGAGACGCUCUCUUCACAACGUUAGAGAAUCCGCGCCGACGCCGAGCCCCCCCCCCCCCGCUCUCGCUCGCUCUCUCGUCCCCACCCUGCCGGCGAGCGACGGACCGGGCGAUCGACGCGAUCGUGCUAGGGUGCCGCGCUGCCCCGCGCCUUGUAAGCCUUGAGAAAGAUGCGGAAAGCUAAGAGGGGUGGCGGAGAUCUCACUACGAACUUUUGUAAGAACAGAAAAGCUUGCAAAACUGAGUGGAUCUCAGGUCGCUUGCGUGAUGGGGACUCUAGUCAAGAUGUUUGCACUAAGCUACCUGAUUGGGGUAAAAGUGUCGUCUCAAUUUCUUUAUGCAAUGGAGACAUAACCUUAUUUUCGUGCUCGGGCAUGGCUAUAGGACACAAUGGGUACCGCCGUACAAGGUUUCUAACUUCUGCAAGUUUGGUUAGAGCUUUCCAUGGUAAAACAAACGAGCACUAUUUUGACUUAAAGAUUGAAGUGCGCCGUGAAGGCAAGGAAGUAUAUAGGGGUUUUUUGGCUGAGUAUGAUUUAGUUUACAACUUUGCUGUUGUCGAAGUCGGUGGCUUCCAUGAUGUUAAUGUUGGAACUUUCCAUCGUAAGCUGAAAUCUGUGCCCCAUGGUGAGGCAUGUGUAGUUGGACGUGAUGUCUCUGGUGACCUAACGGCCAAGAGUGUGGAAUUGGGUGGUGAUUUAAGGGUACAUAAGGAUGAUAAAGAUCUUGACAGUAAAACCUCAAAGGCUUGGGAAGGUGCAACGAUUUUUUCUUUUGAUGGGGAAGUUGUUGGCAUGAACCUUUUUUUGGUUACGGAAAGAGCAGUUUUCCUACCAUGGGGCACAAUUUUGAAGUGUCUGGAGCGUUACUGGACAUUCUGGGAAAAGGAGAGAGGUCUUGCACGGUCAACAAGUUUGGUUCACGGGUUUGGAGCACCUGUAGAUGGUAAAUCUAACAGCCACCCAGAAGGAUACAGGGAUUGUCUCAACCAGGAACACUUAGAUAUAGAUGACUCGGGUUACCCUAAGUUACCAUCAACCAUGUUAGAUGCUGGCAUGAUUUUGGUCAAUACUUUUGAAGAGCCUUUUGGCGAUAUACAUGGUAAAGGUGGCAAUAAACACGAUAAAGGUGUCUGGACAAAACUUGGUGGAAAAGCUUUUUCUAGAAUAAAUCGCAGUGUUGUCGCACUGGCUUCAUUCAAUGGAGAAAAAAGAAAUUUUGCAUGCACGGGUUUUUUUAUUGGAUGGAAUGGAUCUACAAAGAUUUUGACAUCGGCAAGCUUGAUUAGAAAUUCUGUUGAUGAGAACAACAUUGUUGAAAACUUGAGGAUUGAAGUGUUGCUUCCAAGCAGCACCGAAAUCAUAAAUGGGACGUUAGAGCAUUAUGAUCUACAUUACAAUGUUGCUCUAGUCAGUGUCAAGAAUCGCCAUAAUCUUCGUCCAGCAAAUACUCUGCCUUCUUGGUCUAUGUGUUCUGAUGUAGCAGCUGUAGGGCGUUGUUUCAAAUCACAUGCAUUAAUGGCUAUGAAUGGGAAGCUGAUUUCCUCAACAAGCGCACUUGAUUGUUGCUUACUUAUACAUUCCUCGUGCAAGAUUACUAAGCUUGGGAUUGGAGGCCCUCUUGUUACUCUGGAUGGGGAUGUUGUUGGCAUGAACUUCUAUGAUAAGAAGAUAGGAACCCCUUUCCUGUUAUGGCCAGACAUUGCAGAAAUUUUAGCAUCGUUUGAGAAAAGAAGUAAGACGGGAGAAAUUUUCAAUGAUAUCUCUGGUGUGCCUUUGUGGAAACUGGACGGGGAUCACAGUAAUAGGUUUAACAGGUGGCCUGUGCCCAUGCCAUGCUGGCGGUGUCCUGAUUAUGUGGAUGAGGAUAAAUUUGAUGCUAAUGAUCGCGAGUACUGCUACGUGAAGGGAGUGAAAUUCAGGCUCUUAUAAACGCACUCACGCCCUUGAUUCUUCUCUCCAUAUCGUUGCACCUAUGCCACUUGUUAUGGUCCUCUUGUUGCUUAAGUCUACGUGCUGCUUCUGUUUCUUAGAAUUAUCUUGUGCUAUGUCGUGUAAUAGCAUGCACUGUGACUAAUUAGUUUCCAUUACUGUUUUGGGCCCAAGACAGUAUUCUGCAUUUGGACAUUUUUGGGCAUGUUCGGACUUCUGGAUUCUUUGAAAGAGAUCGAAAGCAACCUGUUUGGUUCCUUGGCAUUUGGGGGCAGAACUAUUCUGUCUAUGAUAGCUGUGGUGUUUUCA